UGCAGGAAAAGGCGGCUGAAUGAUGAAUCGCUUCAUGGUUCUGGCGGUACUGCUCCCCCUGAGGACUUGUUACACUACGUACUCACAGCAAGAAUCCAUUGUAUUUCCAGUAACAUUUCUUAACGUUUCCAAGGAUUUGGCUCUUCAGCGGCUGCUGGUGGAAUGGGAUGUUGGCAAGUCAGCUCAUGAUGCUGAGCUGGCAAUGUCUUUUGAAAUACAAGUCCAUCGAACAGAUGUAGCUACUACUGUGUGGACAGAGUUUCAUAACAUUACGCUUGAUAAAUCAAGAAAGCCUCUUCAUUGGAUAUGGGAUUCAGACCUACCUUUGGAGUGUAUGUCACACUCAGUGAGAAUCAGGAGCAAAGCAGAAGCAUCACAAAUCUGGAGUCAGUGGAGUCCGUGGGAGACUGUCCUGG